CGGGGCUCCAGGAGGGCGGGGCGCGCGAGGCCAGCGGAGCCGCGGCGGGACGCGGGCGCAGAGCUGGGCCUCGGCUGGCACCCUGGCAGCUGUGUCUGUGCAUGUGUCUUGGAGAAGUAGGGCCCACUGGGAACGAUGCCACCACCAUCUGACCUCGUCAAAGUGGCCAUUGAAUGGCCAGGUGCUAAUGCCCAGCUCCUUGAAAUUGACCAGAAACGGCCCCUGGCAUCCAUCAUCAAGGAAGUGUGUGAUGGGUGGUCACUGCCAAACCCAGAGUACUAUACACUCCGAUAUGCAGAUGGUCCCCAGCUUUAUAUCACCGAGCAGACCCGAAGUGACAUUAAGAAUGGCACCAUCUUACAACUGGCUAUCUCCCCGUCCCGGGCUGCACGCCAGCUGAUGGAAAGGACCCAGUCUUCCAACAUGGAGACCCGGCUGGAGGCCAUGAAGGAGCUAGCCAAGCUUUCAGCCGACGUGACUUUCGCCACUGAGUUCAUCAACAUGGAUGGCAUCGUUGUGCUGACGAGGCUUGUGGAAAGUGGGACCAAGCUCCUAUCCCACUACAGUGAGAUGCUGGCAUUCACCCUGACUGCCUUCUUAGAGCUCAUGGACCAUGGCAUUGUCUCCUGGGACAUGGUUUCAAUCACCUUUAUUAAGCAGAUUGCAGGGUACGUGAGCCAGCCUAUGGUGGAUGUGUCCAUCCUUCAGCGGUCCUUGGCCAUCCUGGAGAGCAUGGUGUUGAACAGCCAGAGCCUAUACCAGAAGAUAGCAGAGGAGAUCACUGUGGGACAGCUCAUCUCCCACCUGCAGGUCUCCAACCAGGAAAUCCAGACCUACGCCAUUGCUCUGAUUAACGCGCUGUUCCUGAAGGCCCCUGAAGACAAGCGACAGGACAUGGCCAACGCCUUUGCACAGAAGCACCUUCGGUCCAUAAUCCUGAAUCAUGUGAUCCGAGGGAACCGCCCAGUCAAAACAGAGAUGGCCCAUCAGCUGUAUGUCCUUCAAGUUCUGACCUUUAACCUUUUGGAAGAAAGAAUGAUGACCAAGAUGGACCCUAAUGACCAGGCGCAAAGAGACAUUAUAUUUGAACUGAGGAGGAUUGCAUUUGAUGCGGAGUCCGACCCUAGCAGUGUCCCUGGGAGUGGGACUGAAAAGCGCAAGGCCAUGUACACGAAGGACUAUAAAAUGCUCGGAUUUACAAACCAUAUCAACCCGGCAUUGGACUUCACCCAGACUCCUCCUGGAAUGCUGGCUUUGGACAACAUGCUGUACUUGGCUAAAGUCCACCAAGAUACCUACAUCCGGAUCGUCCUGGAGAACAGCAGUCGUGAGGACAAGCAUGAAUGCCCCUUUGGCCGCAGCGCCAUCGAGCUCACCAAGAUGCUCUGUGAGAUCCUGCAGGUUGGGGAACUCCCAAAUGAAGGACGCAACGACUACCACCCGAUGUUCUUUACCCAUGACCGAGCCUUUGAAGAGCUCUUUGGAAUCUGCAUCCAGCUGCUAAACAAGACCUGGAAGGAGAUGAGAGCAACGGCAGAGGACUUCAACAAGGUUAUGCAAGUUGUCCGAGAGCAGAUCACUCGAGCUUUGCCCUCCAAACCCAAUUCUCUGGAUCAGUUUAAGAGCAAGCUUCGCAGCCUGAGCUACUCGGAGAUUCUACGGCUGCGGCAGUCUGAGCGGAUGAGUCAGGAUGACUUCCAGUCCCCACCAAUUGUGGAACUGCGGGAGAAGAUCCAGCCCGAGAUCCUUGAGCUGAUCAAGCAGCAACGCCUGAACCGGCUCUGUGAAGGCAGCAGCUUCCGAAAGAUUGGGAAUCGCCGGCGGCAAGAACGGUUCUGGUACUGCCGCUUAGCAUUGAACCACAAGGUGUUGCACUACGGUGACUUGGAUGACAACCCUCAGGGGGAGGUGACCUUCGAAUCCUUGCAGGAGAAAAUUCCUGUUGCAGAUAUUAAAGCUAUUGUCACUGGGAAGGAUUGCCCCCACAUGAAAGAGAAGAGUGCUCUGAAGCAGAACAAGGAGGUGUUGGAGUUGGCCUUUUCCAUCCUGUAUGACCCUGAUGAGACCUUGAACUUCAUCGCUCCUAAUAAGUAUGAGUACUGCAUCUGGAUCGACGGUCUCAGUGCCCUCCUGGGGAAGGACAUGUCCAGUGAGCUGACCAAGAGUGACCUGGAUACACUGCUGAGCAUGGAGAUGAAGCUGCGGUUGUUGGACCUGGAGAACAUCCAGAUCCCUGAGGCGCCACCACCGGUCCCCAAGGAGCCCAGCAGCUAUGACUUUGUCUAUCACUAUGGCUGAGCCGGGAAGGGACUCAGCCCAGGAGAGACUGGCAGUCAGUGCCUUACCCUUCACUUGUACAGAAUCUACAGUGAGUGUGGUGACACUCAUCAAACCCACCUGGGACCCAGAGCUUCUCUUGGUCUCUGUCCACCAGAAGUGGGAGUGGUGGAGGCAGAACACGCUGCCCUUCCCAGCAGCACAAGCCUGGGGUUGGCCUGGAGGCAUGAACAUGGGACAUUCUUGCCUUCCAUCCUGAGUCUGCUCUUGAACUGGACUUAACAGUAGCCACCCACCUUUUUCUUCCUGAGCCUGCCCUCUGGUUUGCUGAACCCCAUGUGAGCUGGAGCUGGCCCAGGAAGGGCUGCCUGCGGGGACAGGUAUGCUGAGUGUGGUGACAGCCUUGGAGUAACUGCCUUCAGGUGGCCCAGGCAAGGGCAGGCCCUUAGCCUUUGUUUAGUAGGUCUUUGUAAGGGCUCAUUUCAGCUUCAUCCUGUGCCACGAUGCUGCUGCCUCUGGGGUUUGGCCCUAACAUCUCUAGAGCCAUCCACUCUAACGUGCAGGUAACUGGGCAGGUGGAAAUCUCCCCCUCCCCAAAGCUCUCAGUCUCAUCCUUGCUCUCCAGCUUGAGCCCUGCACUCUUAGGCUCAAGGAAUGUUGCAGGGAGUCAGCCGAGGUCUGGGCCUAGCCUGGUCAGGUCACAAGAUUCUCCCCCUCCAUUUCUAUCUUUCCUUCUUAAGGGAGAACUCUCCCAAGAACCUGAAUUAUAGCCCCCUUUGGUUUGCUUUUCUCUGGCCUUCCAGAUUUUGGGAAGUUUGCCUUCCCUUCUUCUUCCUGGCGCUAUGGUUUCUGCCAUUGGCCAUGACUUCAGGGAGCUGGCUGAGGUCAUAGCUGUGCCACGGGCCUUCUCUGGUGCAUGUAGCACCUGAACCACAUGCACAGCCUUUCUCCUUGGACGCAUGCUGAUGUGGUGUUCAGUAUUGGUAGCCUGGCAUGGUGGGUACUACCCAGUGAAGAGUGUAUUAUAUAUUUUCUUUACUAUAGGCCAUACUUAUACAGACGUGUAUAUAUAUUUAUAUAAGACUUCCUAUCUUAGGAUGGAAUGUUAGGACAAAAUAGAAUGGAGGGUAAAAAAAGUAUGAUCCCAGCUGUGGGUCAGGAAUGUAACCAGAGAGUAGCCAGGAGCUUCCUGUCAGUGACCGUGUUUUCAAUAAAUACUCUUUCAUGUAGA